GCCACCGGCGCGUGGCAGGGUGAAGGCUGCAGCCUGCCGGCCCUCGCUUGCCCCCACUGGGCGCCGGCCGAGCGCCACCCUGCGCGGGCACCUAGCCUGUGCUUGCCCCCUACUCGCAAAUGCUUCGUGUUGGGAGAAUUUGUUCAAGAUCUUCAACCCGUGCUGUUUCUUCAUUCCUGGUGGGUCCAAGACAUUUGAUUGGUCAUGAAAGCCCACAUUUCUUGGGCUCCAAGUGUUGUUGGACUAACCGGACUGGUGCAAUUGGGUUCCUGAACACAAAGCUAAAUAUUGGUAGUUAUGGUCCAUGCUUAUCAACUCUUACUGAAACAAUUCUGGUCCAAGCUCAUGACCCAUCCCUGCUAGCAUUGGAGAUAGAGAAUGCAAUUGAUCAGCAGAGGUUUGAUGAUGCAUGGAGGGCUUAUGAGAAGCAUAUUCACAUGGAUGGAGUCCCCAGAAAGUCUGUUUUGAGUAAGCUCAUCACUGGCUUCGCAGAGACCUGUGAUGCUCACUGGCUGAACCAGUCCUACAAUGUGGUUAAUCAUGCAUUUGAAGAGAAGAGCAAACUGUUGGAGAAGGAGCCCCUUAUUUUCCUCUCUCUUGCACUCGCACGGUCUUCUCUUCCUAAUCUUUCUAUAAAUGUUGUGAGGAAGUUGAUAAAGAUGGAAGCAUACCCACCUGUUGCAGCAUGGUCGGCUAUCGUGGCGCAUAUGUGCCAAACUGCAACUGGUGCAUUUCUUGCUGCUGACAUGGUAAUGGAGAUUGGCUACCUUUUCCAGAAUAAUAGGGUUGAUCCACGGAAGAAGAGCAACCGUCCAUUGCUAUUAAUGAAGCCCAAUUCAUUGACCUUCAACAUAAUUCUGACUGCAUCCCUUCUGUUUGGCACUACAAAAAAGGCGGAGCAGCUUCUUGAAUUAAUGCCUAGGAUAGGGUUGAAGCCUGACGUCAGCUCGUUGAUUGUUAUGGCCCGGAUAUAUGAACAGAAUGGGCACAGAGAUGAGAUCCAGAAGCUGAGGAGACAUGUUAAUGAGGCCUGUGGCCUUAGUGAAUCAGAGCUCAGGCAGUUUUAUGAUUGCUUGCUCUCCUGCCACUUGAAAUUUGGAGAUCUGGAUUCUGCAGUGGAUAUGAUAUUGGAUAUGCUUAAAAAGGGUAAAAAUACGAAACGUUCACUUGAAGCAGCUAAAGCAGUUCUUGAAGCAGUUGAAAACAACAAAAUUUAUCUUCCUUAUGAGAAAACCAAGCCUGUUAAUUCAGGUUCCUCGAACAAAUCUGUAUGUACUGACAGUCAAAUGCUAAACUAUAUUUCAUUCUUCAAAGAUAAGAGCUUUGCAAGGCUUGAGUUAGAUGCGAGAGAAUUACUCAAGCUAUUAUCAGAUAAGCUUCAGGAACAAGUUGGGCUAGUAAAAUCUGAAUAUGGUAUCCUCUAUCCAACUGAAACAAUGUAUGCCAAGCUUGUUAAAGCUUUUCUGGAAGCAAACAAGAUCAGUGCAUUGGCAUCAUUUCUUGUGAAAGCAAGCAAAGAGGAUUCUCCUGUCUCUGUUGAAAGCUCCUUUGUUGUUCAAGUGAUAAAUGCAUGUAUUUCUCUUGGGUGGUUAGAGCAAGCACAUGACCUUCUUGACGAGAUGAGAUUUUCUGGAAUUAGAGUUGGUUCUACCAUUUAUUCAUCUCUCCUAAAGGCAUAUUGCAAAGAGGGCCAUCAUGAAGAUGACAUAGCUGCACUUCUGAAAGACGCUCAACAAGCAGGUAUUCAGCUUGAUCCAAGCUGCUAUGAGGAUUUGAUACAAUCCAGAGCACAUCACAAUAAUACCACAGGUGCUCUCAAUCUUUUUAAAGAGUUGAAGAGUUUGAAUAUUUUGAAAGCUGGUCAGAAUGAAUUUGAGAUGUUAGUACAAGGCUGCAAUAACAAUGGAGCUGCUUUGACAACUAAGCUAGUGGAGGAAGUCAGAAGUGGCCACCCGGUUAAUCAUGCUAUUCAUGACUGGAAUAAUGUUAUCCAUUUCUUCUGCAAGAAGAGAUUGAUGCAUGAUGCUCACAAAGCACUUGGCAAGAUGAAAGCUUUAGGACACACGCCAAAUGCACAGACAUUCCAUUCUUUAGUAACUGGUUAUGCUGCUGUUGGUGGUAAAUAUGUAGAGGUGACAGAUUUGUGGGGUGAAAUGAAAGUUUUGGCCACCUCAAGUUCAAUGAAUUUUGAUCAAGAGCUCCUGGACUCUCUGCUGUAUUGCUUUGUGAGAGGCGGUUUCUUCCUUCGAGCCAUGGAAGUUAUAGAAAUGAUGGAAAAAGGCAAGAUGUUUAUAGACAAAUACAAGUACAAGUCCCUGUGGCUUAAAUACCACAGAACAUUGUACAAAGGUAAGGCUCCUAAAGUGCAAACAGAAGCACAACUGAAACGGAGGGAAGCAGCAUUGCAUUUCAAGAGAUGGAUUGGAUUAACAUGAAAACUACAGAGCACAGGUCCUUGAAAACACUAAGCCUGGUAGAUAGCUCUGCUGCUUUUGUUCACUGUAUGUCAUAGGAGAUGUUCUGGUAUCAGCAUGGUUUGCUACCACUGUAUGGAUGGACACCACUGUAUGGAAACCUCUGGUAAUAAAAUCUUACAUAACAAGGAUUGGUAGUAUUAAUAGGGUGCACAUCUUUCUGCUCUAAAAUUGGAAGGAUUAUUCAAUGUCUUGCACCCCUUAACUUAACUAUGCAGAUAAGUCUAUACGUAGGCAUACAUUUAUGAUACAUUGCUUCAUUGAAAAUAUUGUAUUUCAUUGCACAUGUCUACUGCUAUCAUGUGUUUGUAAGAAUCUCUUCUAUUAUUAGCAUGGGGAUUUAUCAUGGCUUGAUUUGUAGCAUAAUAACAGGAAAAGCUGAUUCAAAACAAUGUAGCAUGCAUCACACUUAAUUCGCAAUGUCAACUACUAAUGACAGAUACAACUUGUCAUAAUUAAGAUAUUUUGUAAAUUCCUGCUAGUGAGGUUCAUAAUCAGAAAUAAUAUCUUGAUUCUAUAUUGAUAUUAGGUUGUUCUGUUUGCUGCAAUGAACACCUCAGACAGCAAUGGCUACUUCCCAUAUUAUGGUGUACCUGUGUCACAAAGUGACAUACAUGAAGGCAGAAGGCUUCUUUUCCAAAUGGGCCUGGUGCAUAUGAAAUAUAUGGUUUCUUAGCCACAAACACUAUGAGCUCAAUUGGUGAAAGGGGCGAUUUGUUGAUAAAGGAACAACAGAAAUGCAGAGUGAAGUUUCUCCAUACAUUAGACUGAUUAGAGCAAGUAAGAGGGCUAUAAAAAGGCUGAAUGCUGAGGUGGAUGAGAGAGCAGAGGAGAGAGAUGAGAAGCGGGGUGUAAGUUUACAGUCGGCUUAGGCGCAGGAGCCAAGAAAAUCUGUGAUACAGACAGGUGGGCCAUAUAUUUAUAGUGAAGAGUUAACCACUAUAUAAGUGAGUUAAGAGAUAGACUAUAAAGAUCUAUACAGUAAGCAGCUAGCUGUAUUAUUAUCCUUGCUCUUAGAGAGGAUAAAACCCUACAGUUGCUUCUCCCGGCUGCUUCUCUCUCUCUCCAAGCAAAACUCCCAUUUCCAAAAAAAAAAAAAAAGGUGGGCUUCACUUCACAAGUUCUUCUCCAAUUCCGAUUCCGAAGUCCUUUCAACCCAAAAGGCUGAUGUGCUGGUUGCCUUGUCUAGGGUGCUCCUGAAAUGUUCUUUGGCUAUGGGUACCAACUGAAGCUUUGUUUUCGCGGCGUCCUCUUUUCAUGUAGUUCAAAUUGCAUUUACCAUUUGAUCAAAAGCAGGUGCAUUUUGAUCCAUAAUUCUUCAUGACAAAGCACUACAGCUAAGUUGGAGAAAAGAAUGCAGUAUUUGUGAAGUAGCAGUAGGCCUUCUUGUUGAGGCAACAGCGGAUAUGAGCUAUGGAUUUAUUUCCCUUGGAAGGCUGUAAGUUGAAGGUGAGGUGCUGUCGUGCUGAUAUCACUACUUUCCGUGCCUCGAGAUUCGUGCCGGAUCGAAUAAUAAGCACUUUGCUCUUUUGUUCUUCAUCGUGCAUGCGUACUUGUGAGCCAAUUGAUGGUGUUUUUGCACGUACUUGUCUUAAAAGUAGGAUCACAAGCUAAUUAUCUUGGUUGCGUGACACUUUCACUCCAUUGCCUUCCGAUCCAAUAUGUAAGAUCUCCUUCCUUUAUUCCCAUGCUACUGAUUUCUUCAAGAUAUAAAAAAGAUUAAUCACAAGGCAUAAAUGCCAUGCAAUGUAAUUAUUGGUAGCUAUUGCAAAUCAAUAUAUGAGGCUAUGUUGUUUGUGCAUGGCCAGAGACCAGAAUGAGGGGCUUUUUGAUCCUGACCUGAGGGAGGUGAGAUCAGUUAUCAGGGCAGCUAGGACAUGAUGCUGUGAAAAGAGCAGCAGCCCCCAGCUCAUGAGUCAUGACAGUUUGUGGCACUCCCCAAUCAUUAGCAGAAGACAUAAUCAAUUCAGAACUGCAUGCAAAAUCAGGGCAGGUUAGGGAAUGUGGAUGGUGGAUCCGUGGAUGGAUAGCCCCAUCGUUCUUAUGCUUGUGCUUAUUCUCAUAUGGCUUAUUAUCAAUCAAUAAAUGUAAAACUUUUAUAUACAUGUUCUUAGCGAUUCAAAAACAAAUGAUGUACAAAUAAACUAUGAU